AUAUUUAACCAGUGCUCUGAGAGAAGAUGAUAACAUUUCAGUUGACGAGCAGAAUGGCUGGUUGGUUUCCUGCAAGUCAGUUGCUCCUCAUUGCACUGUUAAGUUGGAAUGUCCACUGCUUUCCUGCUAAAAAAGGCUGGAGCCAGCAUAAUCCUUAUGAGGGCAGUUUCUCAAACCUGGAGACGCCUCCUGGCCUCCAUUAUAGUUCUUCCCAAGGUGCUCCUGUUCAGUCUACCAAUGUGAAUCCUCCUGUCUGGUUCUUCCAUGAACCAGUGGAGGAGGGAGUGUAUUCUAGUCCUAAAACCUAUCCAGCAAGAUCCAGUCCUCCUCUGGACACUUCCAGUGAGACUUCAUGGAAUGUGGCUCCUGGUUGGGAUCCUGUGGAAGAGUCUACAACUGCCCACAGUGUGUCCAGAACAUCUCAGCCCAGACCUGGCAUUGAAUUUCCUCCCCCUCCACCUUUGUUUCAGGCAGGUGAGCUUGAACACUACGAAGAGAAUUUUGAGCAUGGUAACUUGGAAAGGGAAACUGAGGAGCUAAACUUGCUGCUGCUGCCGCCGCCACCACUUCCUCCAUAUCUGGGACCUGACUUCAAGGCUGGUGAAUUGAGUCACUAUGAAUCAAUCUACGAGCAUGGAAAUGAGGAGAGGGAAACAGAAGAACAAGGUUUAAAGCAACUACCUCCCUAUGAGCUGUCAGCUGGGCAAAUGUCUGACAGCCAUUUGCAGCCAGUUCCACCCAGCCUAGGACCAGUAGGACCAAGCCAGUACUACCUCUUUUUGACUGGUCAACUUCCUCCUGGCACAGUGUCACACUUUCAGUCAGACUAUGAAACUGGAAGCGAUCACUGGGAUGAAGAUCAUUAUGAGAGAUACCACUUCCCCAUUGCUCAAAGUCCAAUCGUCACCACUCGGACCCAAGAAGUUCCCAGUGAUGCACUCUGGCAGCAGCCACAGGACUAUUACAAAUCUUAAACAGGACUGUAGCUUUCAAACAAAUUGCUUUGGGGGGGGGCUGGUUCUUUUUAGUUUCUGUGGUU